AAACCUCCGUGAACGCGCCUUGCUCCGUCUGCACAAGACGGAUCACCUUCGCGGCAAAAACUAUGUUUUGAUCACGUGACGAAUCGAUGCGCAGCUCCGGAAGCCGCGUUGGGACAAACUUGGGCAUCAGCGACACGAACCGAGCAGCUGCGAUAUUUUCAGGGCUCCAAAGAGAACGGAGAUGUGGUGAAGGUGGUUCAUUUGAGCCCGACUCAGAGGUAUGCGAAAGCGGAGCAACGCGCAGACAGCGGAGCAUGACAGCGAGACCACCGGCACUCUGCUGGACAGCGACACGGACCCGAAGCAGCGCACCGGCAGAGGAGCGGCGGGGCCCGCAGCGGGCGGCCGGCAGGGCCCGGGAGAGGAGCGGAGCAUGGCGAAACCGUUCAGGAGGUUGGGCGUGGUGGGGAAGCUGAAGAGGAUCGUGCUGUUGGUGCUGCUCAUCUACGUUUCCAUUCCCUUCAUCAUCAAGCUGUGCCCGUCCAUCCAGGCCAAACUCGUCUUCCUCAACUUCGUGAGGAUGCCGUACUUCAUCGACCUGAAGCGACCUCUGGACCAGGGACUGAACCACACACACAACUUCUACCUGGAACCUGAGAGCGGGCUGAAGAUCGGAGUCUGGCACACGGUUCCUGCUCAGAUGUGGAGAGAAGCUCAGGGGAAAGAAGGCGACUGGUACGAGUCCAAGUUUAGCUCCUCCCACCCCGUCAUCCUCUAUCUCCAUGGAAACGCAGGGACCAGAGGAGGAGACCACCGAGUGCAGCUGUACAAGGUCCUCAGUUCGUUAGGCUACCAUGUGGUCACGUUUGAUUACAGAGGUUGGGGGGAUUCAGAGGGCUCGCCUUCGGAGAGUGUGAUGACAUCAGACGCUCUCUUCAUUUACGAUUGGCUGAAACAGCGGAUAGACAAAACGCUGCCACUUCACAUCUGGGGACACUCUCUGGGGACGGGAGUUGCUACAAAUGUGGUGCGACGGCUGUGUGACAGAGGAAGUCCUCCUGACGCACUCAUCUUAGAGUCUCCUUUCACCAACAUCAGGGAAGAGGCCAAGAGCCACCCCUUCUCCAUGGUGUACAGGUACCUGCCCGGCUUUGAUUGGUUCUUCCUGGACGCCAUCACUGCCAACAACAUCCGCUUCAGCAGCGAUGAGAACGUGAACCACAUCUCCUGCCCCGUGCUGAUCCUCCACGCCGAGGACGACAGCGUGGUUCCCUUCCACCUCGGCAAGAAGCUCUACACGCUGGCGUCGCAGUCGAAGAGCCUCCGAGGUCACAAGGUCCAGUUCGUUCCCUUCCCCUCCGCCCUCGCCUACAAGCACAAGUUCAUCUACAGGAGCCCGGAGCUGCCAAACAUCCUCAGUGAUUUCCUCGGCACAGCUCAUCCCGUCGCGCAGUGAUGACCUGCAGGAGGCGCUCCGGUCACUCUCAGCGCUCCACAAACAGACGCGUCCCUGCGGGUUCGAUUCCGGCGGCCGAGCUCCCUCGCAUGAACUCAACUCGUCAUUCCUCCUUCCUGUUAGCAUUCCUCCCACAGCGGCACGCAGGGUUACCAUGGCGACUGAUGCUGCAGAGGAGCGGCGGCGGCGUCACGUUUUUAUCUCUGUUUUCUUGUCUGUGUCUGAAUUUUAUCACUGGAAGUUUGGUUACAACUUGAAUUAUGAAUUAAAUAUUUGUUUUGAUUUUUUUUAAAUUAAGUUCACUGUAAAAAUGGAGAAAGUGCAUCAGACAGGAUCUGAGUAUGAGCUGAUGGUGGACAGAAAGUGAACAAACUGUAUUUAAAUAUGAAUAAAAUACAAACGAUGCCUUUAAAAUGCCCCAAAAUGUUUUAAAAAGUAAAAAAUGUCCAAAACGAUUUUAUUAAGGACCAAAAAACAAAAUUUAUC